ACGGGUCGACUGCUGCCCUAUCAGUGUUUCUCGGCCAAAAUCUGUGAAAAUGUGCGAGAAAUUUACACUGUCGACCAAAGAAAACCCUCGGAAAAAUAAUGAGUGCCAAAAAAAUUAAGAAAAAGGUUUCGGACAUAUUUUAAGGUUUGUGGUUCGCGAACAUUUACUUUUUGUGCGGCGGUGAAUUUUUGCUAGAAUAUACGAAAUAUUAUUUAUGCGGCUGGUGAGCUGGAGAAAAAUUAUUUAAAAUUGUGGAAUAAAAGAGCACAAAUUAAUUUUCGUAGGUUUUGAAUAUUUGAAAAAAUGGACAGGCAAUAUUUUACAAAACAUUUUUUGUGGCAGAUGUUGGAACCUAAGGGACAUCCAAGUAACGGUGGUAAAAAACUGUGAUAUUUUUAGUUUUCUAGUGUAAAAGCCAGUGUUAAAAUGCAGAAGGAAAACGCAAAUUCGGGUGAAAUCCAACACCAAUAUGUUGGUCCUUAUCGGCUGGAAAAGACUCUUGGCAAGGGACAAACUGGUCUCGUCAAACUUGGCGUGCAUUGUGUGACAGGAAAGAAGGUGGCUAUUAAAAUAAUCAAUAGAGAAAAACUAAGCGAAAGUGUUCUUAUGAAGGUUGAACGUGAGAUAGCCAUAAUGAAGCUUAUAGAUCACCCGCAUGUGUUAGGGCUAACGGACGUCUACGAAAAUAAAAAAUAUCUGUAUUUAGUACUAGAGCAUGUCUCCGGAGGAGAAUUAUUUGACUAUUUAGUGAAAAAAGGAAGACUGACGCCGAAAGAGGCUAGGAGAUUUUUCAGACAGAUUAUUUCAGCCUUAGAUUUUUGUCAUAGCCAUUCAAUUUGUCAUAGAGACCUAAAACCUGAAAAUCUCCUACUAGAUGAAAAGAAUAAUAUAAAAAUAGCAGAUUUUGGAAUGGCAUCUCUUCAGCCCAUGGGUUCGAUGUUGGAGACUAGUUGCGGAUCGCCUCAUUACGCAUGUCCAGAAGUUAUUAGGGGUGAGAAGUACGAUGGCCGCAGGGCGGACGUGUGGUCUUGCGGUGUAAUUUUGUACGCCCUCUUGGUAGGAGCCCUGCCGUUUGAUGACGACAAUUUGAGACAAUUACUCGAAAAAGUUAAGCGAGGAGUAUUUCACAUACCUCACUUUGUGCCUCCUGAUUGUCAGAGCCUGCUUAGAGGAAUGAUUGAAGUUAAUCCUGAAAAAAGAUUAACGCUGUCGGAAAUUAACAAACAUCCAUGGGUGACCGCCGGUGGCAAAGGAGAACUAGAAUUAGAACAGCCAAUGAUGGAAGUAGUCCAAACUCACGUGUUACCGUCCAUUGAUGCUGUAGAUCCGGAUGUUUUGCAAGCUAUUUGCAGUUUAGGCUGUUUUAAAGAAAAAGAGAAGUUAAUUCAGCACCUUCUUAGUCCCAGUCAUAACACCGAAAAAGUGAUCUAUUUCCUUCUUCUGGAAAGGAAGCGAAGAAGACCAGCCUGCGAAGAUGAGGCAGAUUCUGUGUUACGAAUACGACCUACCGAGACUGCAGAUCCACCAAAAAAACGUAUCGAUACGUGUAGAGUCAACGGGUCUAGCGGUAUUCAAUUUGCUCAGAUCAGUGAAGGUUCACCCUUAACACCUAGAAGAUCACAUUAUAAACGUCAUCAUGCUAGAAGAAGCCCGUCAACUGGAAGUACUCACAGCAGCCUUAGUAUCCAUUCGCCUACAAGGUCGUCCGGGUCAUCAAGUCCGAUCAUGUUUAAUAGUACUCCUUCGAAUACACAUUCCGGAAUGUCUUCUCCAGUAAACCAACGUACCACACCGUCCCACCACUCGCCCAUUACUAGUACGCCAACUCACCGUGCGUCGUCUCACGUAACGUCAAAUACUCACGUGACAGUCACACCUCCGCCCACCCAUAAUACCCCGACCCACCAUAGGGCGAAUAGUAGCGGCGGAACAUCGCUCUCGCUAACUUCGCCCGAAAAUGAUACUAGUAGUUUAGUUACAGGUACUAAUAUUUUAGCUCCAAUGACACCGCCUGGUUCUCCACAUUUAAGUAGUACAAGUCACCACUGGCGAUCCAGGCUUACUACUAUUAAAAACAGCUUUUUAGGAUCACCUAGAUUUCAUAGACGAAAAUUGCAAGCAUCUUCAGAAGAAGUUCAUCUUACACCAGAAUCGUCUCCGGAAUUAACUAAAAAGUCAUGGUUUGGAAGUCUGAUGACUACGGAAAAAGAUGAAACGUUUACUAUAUUAGUUAAAGGAAAACCAUUAGCCACAGUAAAAGCCGAUUUGAUUCAUGCAUUCCUAUCAAUAGCGGAGUUAAGUCAUUCCGUGUCCAGUCCAAUGUCUUUUAGAGUCGAAUAUAAGCGAGGGACAACAGGCCCCGCAAUGUUUCAACGACAUGUUAGAUUCCAAGUGGAUAUUUCUAUUAUAACAAAACAAACUGAGAAUUCAAAAGAGCAUCUCUUUGCCAUCACUUUUACUUUAUUAUCUGGUAAUAUUCGACGCUUUAGAAGAGUUUGCGAACACAUUCAAGCACAAGUGUGUACGAGACGACCUCCACCAAGUCCAAGAGCGCAAAGAAAAUUCACAACUGAGCUUAGCGAAAGUUCCAGCUGUGGUUCGGAUUCUAGCGAAUUGUAUUUAAGUACAAGACAAGUAAAUGUUCUUCAACUAGAAGGAAGCGACCUAGAAAGCGAAUGCUCUGUUUUCGACGUACGUACGGCAUCACGCGAAGUAUCUCGCCGGGCAUCUACAAACAACAACACAGAGACAUUAGAACAGAAUCCACCGGGUACUCCAAAGGCAGUUCGUUCCAAUUCAGAAAAUACGGACUCGUGCGAGAAAACCUGCAUUACUACAAUGUCAGGAAGUUCUAUUGCGUAAUAUUCGUUGGUUUUAUUUUAUAGGGUAUGUAAUUUUUUUGGAAUUUAUUUUGAACUAUUUGUUGAUUGGUACUGUGUUGUGUUUAGGGGAAGUUUGACCAGGAAGCAGGUUUAAUUGGCUAUAUAGGAGGCACACAGAUAUUUUUAAUUUGGGUUUUUAAUGUAGAUUAAGUGCUACAUUAAAAAAAAGCUCACUGAAAAUGCAUAAUUGACAUUUACAAACAUGUUUCAAAUCAAUACAAACAAUAUCCAAUAAAACGAGUUAAUAAUGAGUUAUUGAAUAACGAGUAUUACAUUUUGAUGUAACUACUCGUUUUAUGUCGUCUAAAUAGUUUUCUAAAUUAUUGAGUAUAUCGUUUAAAGCAUAUUUUGAUUAAAUUGUCAUAUUUUUUAAACUUCUAUUAUACUGGGUGUUAAGUUGAAAACUUUCAAUGGAAAUAUGUCUAAAACUAAGUUAGAAAAGCGCAAUUUGGUGCAAAUAGAGGAACUACAACCACCAUAUUUUGGUUAUAGGGUGAGUCACUCCUUGGGCCCGACCCAACCCCAAAAUUUUAAAUGACACUACCUUUUUUGUGCUACCUUAAAUUAAAACUCUCCUGGAAUAGUAUUCAUAUGCAUAAGAAUUUUUCCUAAAUUUUAUACAGGGUCAGAGAAAGAUAUCAGAGGUAAGUUAAAUAAAAUAAAAUCUGUUUUAUAAAGUGGCGAAAAACAAAAAGUUCAGCAUAUAGUACUUGUUGAAGCGGCAUAAGUAAAAGUAUUAUGAUAUUUUGCUAUGAAUUCUAGAUUGUCUCUACGCCAAGUUUCACAGAUAACAGUAAUUUGUCAUGAAUCUAUACCCCAGGUGUAGUAAUUUUAACCUCACUUGAAGAAGCAAAAAUUUAAAGACCCAUAAAAAUCAUAAAGGAUUCUGCCGUCGCGCCGUCAGAGGCGUGCAGGUAUUUAUAAAAAUCUCUUGGUGAAUAAUAAAAUAAAAUAAAAAUUUUUAAGUUAAAGUUAGAGUUUUACUGACUAUUAUUUCGUUGAUCUGGUUAUUUUUGAGAUGAGAACUUAUUUUUAUAUUGCCUACUUAGGUACAUUUUUAUAACGCAGUAAAGUCGACUAGGAUUAUUCACUCAAAAACUUAUUUAUAUUAUGGCAAAGUACUCACCAAUGCUUAACUAACGUUCUGAAAGACUAUCCUCAGAAAUAGAAUCAUCAAGGCCAGGUUGAAUUAUUAUUUGGGGUAUGGGUGGCAAAACGGUAUACUUUCUUUCAGUUUUAAUUACGUGCUCAACACAAUUUUUCCAUCUAUUAGUUUAGAAUUCUGACACAAUUUUGCGGAUAUUUUCAAUAACUACCGCACUUAAUGUUGGUGAACUGUUGCACUUUUUUAAUGCGAGUUGUUUUUUUAAUGUGCCCCAUACUAGUUCAAUGAGGUUAAAAAUACAAUAAUAUGGAGGCAACCUUAAAACGGUGUGUCCAUUGUUCUUAGCAAUGUUAUCAAUAACAUACUCAUUUUUAAAGUUAUAACCUUUAAUGGUAUUAAGCAACUCCUUAUUUAAGGGGAUUUUGUUAGGGACUGGAAUGUUCUUAAUUUUCAUAAAAGUUAUGAUAUCUUGUUUUUUAGAGCUGUUGUUUGGUAUUUUAUUUAAUAUCCUGGAAUGGUAAGAUGCAUUGUCCAUAACGAUUACUGAGUUUGGACGAAUGUUUGGUAGGAGCUGCUCAGAGAACCACUUUUUAAAUAAUGCCGCAGUCAUGUCUUCGUGGUAAUCAGCCAACGAUUCAGAAAUAUUUUUAGCAGAUAAAAAUAAAGCAUUUUUAACAAAUCCUUCUGUACUGCCAGCAUGAAGUGUAAUGAUUCGCUUUCGCAUUUUGUUGAACUAUCAACCCAACCGUAUUUAACUACGUCAUGCGUAUCAAACCAAGUUUCAUCUAUAUAAAUAAUAUGUAUAUUUAGGUCCCGAUACAACUUAAUACUACGUAAAUAUUCUCUCUUAAGAUACACCGGAGUGUUGCUUAGCACUUAUAGUCAUAAUCAGGGUACUCGACAAGUUUUUCUCUAAUCAUUUCCAAUGUUGGAACCAAGUUAGCCUUAUAAAAGUCGUAUACUAUACGCCGGAUAACGUCUGACUCUUUUUCUUUUCACAGAAUGGUCUGUAACAUCUCCCACUUUUAAAACGCGAUAAAUUGUCGACGACGGAAUUAAAGUUAAUUUAUGAAUACGUUUAAUUAUGGCAUUUUCUGACAUAUAUGAGGACUUUCUUGUCUAAGGCAAUUACAAAUAUUUAAGAUUACUCUUUGACACUGAACAUGUAAGUCUUUAUGUCCAAACUCGCUGGAUUCCUCACCAGCUACACUACUUGUCGAUACUGUAUCGGCUACCUCAAAAGGUCUCCAGAAAGCCAUAUUAAUAAACAAAAAAAAACAAUAAUAACACUAAAAUAACCAUAGGAAUUAACAAGGAAAUAAAAACUAUUUAAUUAUAUCAAAAAAGAAAUAAACAACAAUGUAACUCCACAAACUUUAACAAAUCGCAAAUUAAAAAACAAAGAAAUAUUAUAAUAUUCAUACAACACUCUCAUUAAACAUCAGAGCAAGUCUAAAAGAGCCGCCUGCCUCGAUUCGUCCUGCCACCUGCCACUGUCCUAAAACUUUAAAAUAGUCGGCUUGUCAUAGGCGACUUUUUUUUUAAGGCGGCAGGGGCUCUGGGCGCUGCAUCCGGUUUUGAUAACCGAUUUCUAUGAAUCGCUGCACGAAGCGGUAUGCUUUAACAUCGACGCCUGCAUUAGUACGCUGCCGCUGUUCCAUAAUCCACGCGGAUUUGGCGAUCUUUUAAUGCAAAGCAAUGUGUUUAAAACAGGCCCCAGUCUAUAAGUCUUCCCGCCGCGCCGGAACGCUUUUAAUAGUUUUUAUGGUCAUUCAAGUGACUUUAAAACCACUAUACUUAAAUUAAGUCAUUUUCAUUGAUAUCCAGGGAUUGCGCGAGGAUGAUUCUAACCGAAGAAUAGCAUUUUGCGAUAAAAUGACAGAAAAAUUACCUAUUUCUCCUGAGUUGCUAAAAAAUAUUUGUUUUAGCGAUAAAUGUACGUUUUUUUUAAUGGUUCUGUAAAUAAACACAACUGUAGAUACUGAAAUGAUAAAAAGCCGCAUGUUUUUAGGAGGAAUCGCACACACAGUAUCCAAAAAAAAUCAAUGUGUUGCCGGAAAUAUUGGGUGACACUAUUGUCGAGCCUCCAUUUAUUUAUUGUAACCUUAAUGACGAAAUUUACUUGGAAAUGUAGGAAACCAUUAUUCAACCUAAAAUUGUUACAGAAAUAGAAAAUCAGUUGGAAAUUCAUGGAGGUAGAAACCUAAACGAAGAUUUAUUACAUUUUCAACAAGAUAGAGCGCCACCCCUUUACCACAACACCUGUUCUUCCUGUGAGGCAAUUUUUACAAAAUACGUUUCCAGAUCAGUGCCGCCGAGAUCACCAGAUCUAAUACCCCUCACUUAAAAACUGUUGUGUUUAAAACGCAACUAGCUUCACUCGAUGAUCUUCGGCAACCGAUUAUUACAUAACGUGCAUCUAUUCGAAGAGAAGUGUUUUAAAAUUUGAGAAAUGAGUUUGAAAAUAGGUUACACUUUUAUUUAGUUCAAAAUUGAAUGCAUUUUGAGCAUCUAAUUAAAUUAAAUAAUACUUCAUAACAACAGAGUUUACUUUAUUUAACUUAUACCUUUCUUUGACUCUGUACAAAAUUUAGGAAAAAUUCUUGUGCAAGUGAAUACUACUGCAAAAGACUUUUAAUUUAAAGUCUUUUGCAAUUUCUUGGGCUGCAUCGAGCCCAAGGGGUGACUUACCAUAUAACUAAAAUAUGGUGGUUGUAUAACACCUGUAUAACAUUUGUACCAAAUUGUGCUUUUCUAACUUUUUUAGUUUUAGAAAUAUUUGCGUUGAAAGUUUUCAAAUUGAUACCCUCUGUAAAGUAGGCUAUUUGGUUGUUAUAUAUAUUUAAUUUGAAUAACCAGUACUGUUGGUCAAUCUGACCACCUAGUUUUAGCAAAGCUAUAAAAAAUAUUAUAUAUUAUUAUAAUAGGUAAAAAAAGCAGUAAAUCUUUUUAUAAUCGUUUUUCAUCGUCUUUUGCGGGCGACUAUUAAUUUUAAUUAUUUUCAACUUCAGCUUCAUUCAAUACAUUUUAUCAGUGUUCAUAUA